GACUGACCGACACACGUCAGAGCGCUAGAGGUGGUCUUCGCCUGGAUCUCAUCCGUUCAUACCGUCUCUGGUGCUCGUGUUUUCGGAUGCUAGGUGUGAGGAGGGUCGCGCCCUGGGGAGAAAAUACUCCGGAUCACUCCUACGGCAUUCCAGAAAAAAAUCCCUUCAUUUGAAUAUUGGCAGAGCGAGCAUCAGACCCUGGACACUACAUCUAGUGAGGAGAAUACCGUCAGGAUUUAAACGCUCCACAACCACCACCUCCUGUCAUCCUCUCCCCUCCACCUCUCUCUCCUCUACCUCUCUCUUUCCUUCACCUCACUCUCUCCUCUACCUCUCUCCACCCCUCUGCGGUGCCAGGGACUCCCUCCCGGGUGAAGUCAUGGCUUGGGGUUGGUGGUGCUGGUGGAGGAUCGUUUUCAUGAUGAGCAUCUUCCGUCACUACCGGAGCGCCAUGCUGGACUGCCCGCCAAGCUGUAUCUGUUCCCCGGAGGAAGUGUUCUGUAACCGGUCUGACAGCGACCGCUUCUUCCCGUUGCUUGUCGUCCAAGAGCAUGAGAGCAACCGAUCCACUGGCGACAUGGAGGACCUGUUCACCAACAUCACUUCCAUACACAUAGAGAACUGGAGCGGACUGCAGACUCUCAGAGAUGUGGACAUGGAACUCUACAUCGGCCUGCAGCGACUGACCAUAACUAGCUGUAGGUUGAGGUCUAUCCAUGCGCGUGCCUUCCACCAGAACAUUGAACUGUACUACAUAAACCUGUCGAAGAAUCCCCUGACCACACUGUCCUGGCAGCUCUUCAAACACCUCCAACUCUCUGAGCUGCGACUAGAGGGUGUAGAGUUUGUGUGUGGCUGUGGUCUCCGCUGGCUGCAGCUGUGGCAGCAGAGGGGAGAAGCUUCUCUCCACACUCAGACGCUGGUCUGCAGGAACCGAGACGACGUCAUCCCCCUGCACAACAUGUACAUCACUAGCUGUGACCUUCCUGAGGUCAGUGUGAGUGCGUCCAGUGUGUUUGUGACAGAGGGGGACGAUGUGACACUGAGCUGCAACGGGACGGCCUCCCCGCUACCCGAGGUGGACUGGACCGUAGGGGGUCUACACACCAUCAACACACACCAGUCUAUUGUCUACAGUCCUAGUCUCCACUCCAUCAGUAUGCGUCUUUUCAACACCAGUCCGGAUGAUAACGGCUUCCAGCUGAUCUGCAUCGCUGAGAACCUGGUGGGCAGCAGCAACGCCUCCGUGCAGCUGAACGUCAUGUUCUCUCCGGUGAUCCUAAAGCUGUCAGCGCCCCAGCGUCGCCAUGACACCUGUCUGGAGUUCUGGGUCCGCGGCCACCCUCCCCCCCGGCUACGCUGGCUCCGGGGCGCCCGCGACCUGAUCCAGUCCGACGUGAUCCGCCUGGAGCUGGACUCCUACCGAGACUCCCUGGAGGGCUGCCUGCUCUUCAGGAACCCCACCCACCUGGACAACGGGAACUACACCCUAGAGGCCACCAACACCCUGGGCACGGCCACCAAGACCCUCUACGCCCAUUUCCUGCAUCCGCCCGACCUCGACGAGGAGGAUCUCUCCUAUCCUGAUCCUGAAACACCAGAGGAAGAAACCUUCGGGGUGACGGUGGCUGUGUGUCUGGCAGGAUCCGCUGGUAUUUUCUUCCUCAUUCUCUUCCUCCUCAUCAACAAAUAUGGCCGCCGCUCCAAGUUGGGUAUGAAAGGACCCGUUGCUGUCAUCCACGGUGAGGAAGACUCAGCUACUCCUCUUCAUCACCUAAACCAUGGGCUCCUUUCUCCGUGCGCCCUGGAGGCGGGGCCUGAUGCUGUCGCCAUGGCGAUGACUCACAUCCCUGCCGAGCAGUCUCAGCAGCUUCAGACAUACUACAGACCCAGCAGCUCCAGCCCCGCCUCCUUCGUGCCGCACAUCCAGAGGAGGGACAUCAUCCUGAAGAGGGAGUUGGGGGAGGGGGCCUUCGGCAAGGUCUUCCUCGCUGAGUGCUAUGACCUCCACCCUACCACCCCCAAGACCCUGGCUGCAGUCAAGACCAUCAGAGAGCCCAGUCUGUCUGCGAGGAAGGACUUCCAGCGCGAGGCGGAGCUGCUGACCAACCUGCAGCACGAGCACAUCGUCCAUUUCUAUGGCGUGUGUGUUGACGGGGACCCGCUCAUCAUGGUGUUUGAGUACAUGAAGCACGGGGACCUCAACAAGUUCCUCAGGGCUCACAGUCCUGAUUCUAUUGUCCUGGUGAACGGGGAGCACGCGCAGACUAGUGGACACCUGGCUAUGUCCCAGAUGCUCCUCAUGGCCUCCCAGGUGGCCUCUGGGAUGGUGUACCUGGCCUCCCAGCACUUCGUCCACCGAGACCUGGCCACGCGCAACUGUCUGGUGGGCGACGGCCUGGUGGUGAAGAUCGGGGACUUCGGCAUGUCCCGGGACAUCUACAGCGCCGACUACUACAGGGUGGGAGGUCACACCAUGCUUCCUAUCCGAUGGAUGCCCCCAGAGAGUGUGCUCUACAGGAGGUUCACCGUGGAGACGGAUGUUUGGAGCUUUGGGGUGAUCAUAUGGGAGAUCUUCACCUACGGGAAGCAGCCCUGGUUUCAGCUGUCUAACACUGAGGUAAUGGAGUACUUAGUGCAAGGGGCGGUUCUCGACAGGCCGAGGGCGUGUCCUAAGGAGGUGUAUGACAUCAUGCUGGGAUGCUGGCAGACCGACCCUCAACUCAGACUCACCAUCCAGGAGCUUCACAGGCUGCUGCUGCUCCUGGGGAAGACCUCCCCCAACUACCUGGACAUCCUGGGCUAGAGCCAACCCGGCCUGGUCCUGGUCUUGGUCCUGGUCGUCCUGGUCUGGUCUGGUCUAAUCCUCGUCCUGGCGUAGUCUGGUUCUUGUCUGGUCUGGUAUGGUCAGGUCUGGAUUGGUCCUGGCCUGGUCUUUCCUGGUCUGGUAUGGUCCUAGUCCUGGUCUGAACUUGUCUGGUGUCACUCAGACCUGACACUGAUGGAACUUAAGUGCCUGUAAGACAUUUGGAUACCUCAGGAUUAUGAAGAAUCGUAAAAACACGUUUUCUGGAUUAUAAUAGAAGAAACAAGUGGAAGUGUAUUAUUUUCUUAGAACUGGUCUCGAAGGGUAAGGCAGUGUAAUGCAUUUGAUUAAGAAAAAAAAUGUUCCCUUCUUUUUCGGAAUGAACAAGAUAAUUAUCUCCGAUUUUUGAGAAAAGAUUUCAUGAAAUAGAAAAUCUGCCUUGUUUCACUGAAUUAAUGAAAUAUCUCAGAUUUCCAAAGGAUCUCUUAUUCACUUGAAAAUUUGAUUUUUGGAAGCAACAAGUCCGGCCUGUUAAAUUGAAUCCAGUUUUAUUUGGGUUUGUAAUUUGGGAGAUAUCAUGUCUUUAAGUCAUAAAGAUGGUACUGUUAUGAGUUUGUCGGAUUUGCGCCGGCACCUCAGGACUUUUCCGGUGUUCAGACCCAAAGCCCUUGCUGACAUAAUUUGGCACGUAACAUGUAACUCCUUAUAUGUUAAUAUCAAGAUGCCUAUUUUGAGGCAUCUUGAUAUUUCAGAAAUACAGAGCAGUCAUUUCUUUUCACUCCAACUUUUCUCAGAACUCGAGAUAAUUACCUUGUUCAUUCAGAAAAACAGGGCAAUUUUUUUAUCAAGUGAAUGCAUUAUGCUUCACUAUGUAGAAAUAUAUACUAAUAAAUAUAUUUUAUAUAGAAAUAUACAUGUAUUUAUUAGUUUUGUGGAAGUGCCAUCAAGGAUAUCUGAUUGGCUGUGCUGUACUGGUCGAUUCCUGUAGUUGUUUUCCUUGUCAUCAUUGUGUUCACUGUCACUUUUUUGUGGUUCUCCCCUGUAGGUCACAUAACCACAGAAAUGCAACGUUGUGUGUGUGUGUGUGCGUGUCUGUGUGUGUGUGUGUGUGUGUGUGUGUGCGUGUGUGUGCGUGUGUGUGAUUUUGUUAUUUCAUACAUUUUCAGUUGAAUUUAAUCCAGUUCUACCAGCAGCUGUAUGUCUAGAGGAGGAAGCAAAGGAGGAGGAGUAGGAGGAGGAGUGAGAGGAGGAGUAGGAGGAGGAUUAGGAGGAGGAGUAGGAGGAGGAGGAGUAGGAGGAGGAGUGAGAGGAGGAUUAGGAGGAGGAGUAGGAGGAGGAGUAGGAGGAGGAGUGAGAGGAGGAUUAGGAGGAGGAGUGAGAGGAGGAUUAGGAGGAGUAGGAGGAGGAGUUAGAGGAGGAGUAGGAGGAGGAUUAGGAGGAGGAGUAGGAGGAGGAGUAGGAGGAGGAGUGAGAGGAGGAUUAGGAGGAGGAGUAGGAGGAGGAGUGAGAGGAGGAUUAGGAGGAGGAGUAGGAGGAGGAGUAGGAGGAGGAGUGAGAGGAGGAUUAGGAGGGGAUCCGAAAAAAGUGGUAGAGGAGGAGAAGGAUGAGGAGAAAGAGGAGGUAGGGAAUGAGGAGGAGGAGGAGGAGGUAGGGGAAGAGGUAGAGGAGAGACAGGGGUAAAUGAAAUGUCUCCUUCCUCUAUGUCUGCCUCUACCUCUGAUUUUAACCUUCACUGAAAGGACAUUUAGUUUGUUUUUGUUUCUCUGUUUUUCAAAUGUUAGUACUUAAUGAUCACAAUAUGUUUACUAAACUGCUACUUCUUCACUAUCUGUUUCCUUUAUUAAAAUAAUGAAUUAUUCUAUCAAUUACCCUUCCCUGUCUUUCACACACAAACACACACACACACACGCACGCACACACACACACACACACACACACACACACACACACACACACACACACACACACACACACACACACACACACACACACACACACACACACACACACACACACACACACACACACACACACACACACACACACACACACAGACAGACAGACAGACAGACAGACAGACAGACAGACAGACAGACAGACAGACAGACAGACAGACAGA